CUUCUGCGCUGGCUCAAGUGUCAUCCGAACUUUUUGUAAUCUUGAGAUCACAUAUGCUUCCACCGCCGCCGAUCUCGUCCAUCCGGCACCAACAGUACCAAACUACUGCCCCAUGCAACAUGCCCAACCCACCAUCUCGCUGCCGUCCGUCCCUGUCCGUGCGCAUCUUCCCUAUUGCCCAAGCAUGAGAAUUGCCGAAGUUAUAUCUUCAGGCGGAACCGAACUUCUGCUUCCUCUCCCCAAGAAGUUCUUGGCCCAACCGAGACAACGUCACAUCGGUUCCCGUCUCUGCCAUUUGACAGAUACCUCUCGACCCUUUUUUGCUUCAUUCUUUCUAAACCGACAUUCGUUUUGUGUUCCCUCCCCGGCUACCCUACCCCACGAGCUAAGGUCAACCAAGAAGCUGUCAAACCACUCCGUCGGGACUUGAAGCUUUCCUAGUGUGUAUGGUUGCAACACUAUGUUGGAGCGUCCAGGGCGAAUAGCAGGACAAAGUUGGAUCGAUUGCUACCAUACAUAGUCGUCAAUCACCAUGAUUGACACCGCCACCACAUUACCACCCAACCCCUCACCAGAUUCUCCACCUCCGCCAUCAUCAUCAUCAUCAUCACCACCACCGCCACCGCCGCCGCCGCCAGGGGCCCCAGUAGUCGACUUUGCAGGUCUAGCCCAUGACUCUCUUGUGGUCAAUAUCAUUGCCUCGGCUUCGAUAUGUUGGUUCAUCGCAGCCCUUUUUGUGGCCCUCCGAUUUUACACUAGAGGGGUCCUGAUCAAAGUGAUUGGGGGCUCAGAUUGGAGUAUACUUGUUGCCUUGAUAUUCGCUGGCGCAACAUGCGGAGGGGUGAUUGAACAAGCAACACACGGCGCAGGUCAGCACGUCUGGGAUCUUGACCCCAACGACACCCCCUCUGCGAUUGCCUGGGGCCGGGCGGCCUGGUACGGCAUCUUGUUCUACCUUAUCACGCUUUGCUUCUCCAAAAUCAGCAUCCUGCUGCUGUAUAUCCAUUUGUUCACCUUCAAGUGGGCGAGGUUGGCGGGGCAGAUCCUGCUCGGGAUUGUGAUCAUCACGCACCUGUUCAUGGCGCUGGCGACGUUUACGGCGUGUAUACCGCUGAAUAGCUAUUGGGAUUUUACCGUGGAGAAAAAGUACUGCCAUGCGCAGAGUGUUUGGUGGAGCAAUACGGGGAUGCAUAUGGUGACUGACUUUUUGAUCUUUUUGUUGCCCAUGCCGGUUGUCUGGUCCAUCCGCCUCCCUCGCCGCCAGAAGCUGGCAUUGUCGGGGGUGUUUGGUUUUGGGUUCUUGGUCUGUUUUAUUUCUAUCCUUCGAUUGAUGCAGCUUAUUCGGGUUCAGACCGACCUUGAUUUCACCUACGCCGCCGCCGAGCUCAGCUAUCUUACCGCGGUUGAGGUUAACGGUGCUAUUGUUUGCGCAUGUGUCAUGACGUUGAAACCUUUUAUCGCCAAGUUCUUCCCUGGGCUUCUCAGCUCGAGGGCAUCGGGAUCGUCGAAUGGGCAGAGUGGUGCGGGGGAUAACAACCAGUAUUAUAAUUACGCGGAGGGGCGGAUCAACGGACGAGGGCCUCCUACGAUUGGGAGCAGGCCGUCAAAGGGAGUGCGGAAUGACUUGGGGUCGUUGGCCAGUCCGACGGAUUUGCAGUAUGGAUUCCAGGGAUUGGGGUCGUCGGGGGAGGAGUCGGAGAACUUUCAGGAAAAGGGAGGGAGUAGGAGGAACAGCAAACAUUGGCUUGGGGUGGUGGAUGGGGGAGCGAUGGGGGUGAGGGGGAAUCAUGAUCGGUAUGUGGAGAUUAGGGAUGGGACGGAUUCUGGGUGGGCAGUGGAUGUUGAGAGGGGGAAAAGCUUGAGUUCUAGUCCUGUCAGCCCGAGGUCUCCGGUUAGCAGGAGUCGGCCGGGGGAGGAUGCUCGGAUGGAUUAUAUGCUCAGGACGGGGAGGUUAAGUCCUGGGGCUGCGGUGCCGGACGACAAGAUUAGGGUUGAUACGAGGGUUACUAUCACAAAGGAGUAG